AUGGAAGGGAAGCCGGUCUUGAGAGCUCCAACUUUGAAUUGGGAUUCCAAAGGCCCCAGGGAAGUCUCCUCGACCAAAGAGUUCUUCAACUUGCUUGCCAACCUUGAAGUGGACCUCAAGGAACUCUCACAGAUGAUCAGCAAGAUGAGUGAUCUUUUGAAACGAUCCCUGGACGCCUCAUCCAAGUCAGAUCGUGAACAAAUCCAAGACAAACUGGCCCAGCUGAGCGACGACAUUCGCAGAUUAUCAGCCCAGAUCAAACAAGCCAUCCAGUCCUUCGAAGCCGAUCACAGUCUGCUCCGUCAACGUGGAGACCCCGAUGGAAACCUCUCAGUCCGGAUGGACCAGCUCGCCGCACUCAAGAAGUGGUUCAUCAAGACCGUCCAACACUAUGCUGAAGUCAAACAAGCCGCCAGACGGUCCAUGAAGUCCCGCAUCAAACGUUGUGUCUUACAUCAUCAAUCCCCUUUCAGCCUUCCACACUUGGCCUCUGCAUGUGUUUCACUCUAA